UCGGCUCUCCUUUUGCUCUCUUGGCGAUCUCGUCUUUCUGCGAAGGUCGGAGCUGCUCUCCGACGAAAGGAUAAAGCUUCGACCGAUCGUCGGCUGGGAGUGAGCGUCCUCUCCUCCGAUUUAGGGGAGAAUUUAGAUUCUUGUUGCGUGUGGAGUACGACCGCUUCAUCCCGGUCCGAUCGGCGAUGGACAUGGACUUCGCGCGCUGUGCUCUAACCAUGCCUUCCAGACCUCAGCGUGAUGGUUCGAUAGAAUCCCCAUCGAGUGCAGCGUACCAAAAACUUCUUGUUCAAUGUAUUUUGAAGAACAGAUCUCGCAUUUUCGCAUUCAAGAGUGCACCCGAAUCACCGGCCGACAAGGUGUGCCAAUUUGACGAGGACAAUCGACCGCACAAGAAGCAACAGAGACGAAUCCCAAAAGAUCCAGAUAGGGUUUUGGCUGCUUAUGACAUCAUAGAUGAUGAUAGGUUGAAUCUCCUCGACUGGGGAAGCAAUAAUGUGUUGGCGAUUGGCCUCAAUGACACAGUGUACAUAUGGAAUGCUGCGAAUAAGUCUGGUACGAAGUUUUCACGAGCCUUAGAAAACAACAGCCCUGUCACUAGCAUCAGCUGGUCCCCAGACGGCAAAGUUCUCGGUGUCGCAUUUGGCAAUUCAGAUUUAGAUCUGGUUGAUGCAGCAACAGGACGUCUGUUGGUUGGGAUCCAAGGUGACAGCCACUCCUUUGUUUGUUCACUUGCCUGGAGAAGUAAUGCAAUCUUGACGACUGGGAAAUCCGAUGGUAGUGUUGUUGAUUAUGACAUUAGAAAAGAUGACCGGGCCAUCUGUGACUAUAAAGGGCAUCGACUUGAAGUUUGUAGUCUUAAAUGGUCCGAGUUGUUUGGGCGAUAUCUGGCAAGCGGAGGGAAGGACAAACUUGUGCACAUAUGGGACGCCCGCAUGGCUGUUGCAAAUCACCAUCCGUGCCAACAUCAAUUGCUUCACAAGAUCAGCAACCACACUUCCACUGUGAGGGCCCUUGAUUGGUGCCCUACCAGGAGCAAUCUGCUGGCUUCUGGUGGAGGACGCAAUGAUCAUUGCAUUAAGUUUUGGAAUGCUGCUAAUGGUGUUUGCUUGAACUCAAUUGAUACCGGCUCUGAAGUUUGUGCAUUGUUGUGGGACAAGAACAAAUCUGAAUUGCUGACCUCCCAUGGGUUUCCAAACAAUCAACUCACCCUAUGGAAUUACACAUCCAUGACGAGAAAAGCUGAGCUUUUUGGUCAUUCAUCUCGUGUUCUUUACUUGGCUGGGAGCCCAUUGGGUGGUGUAGUAGCUUCUGCUGCAGAAGAUGAGACACUCAAGUUCUGGAAUGUCUUUGAGACUCCCAAACCACUAAAACCUAAAGCAAACACUAUGCCCUUUGCCCAAUUUAGUGUCAUAAGAUGAAACUGCUGAUGGUUGGAAAAGAUUACGAGAGUAAUACGGAAAACAUUUUUAGUGCUUGACAAGAAGAUCCAUUGUUGAUAGCAUUGCAUAGAGAAGUUUGUGGCAUAAAAAAGGAUUUUUCUUGCUGAUUAGCUGUUGCAUUGUAGCAGACUAGUAGCAAUCUUCAUGAGAUUGUUAGAGAAGCUUGCUAAGUUUCAUACAAAUGCUCGGCAACUAAUGACAUGGCUAUUGUUUCAGUAUUUUGAAUUAUGCUGUUGCAGUCAUCUAUCACGAGUUUCAUCAUCCACGUGCUGUAGUUUUAAUCUGCUACUUGUGAGUAUAAAACUGACCUCUGAAUUGGUAUUUCUUCAUUCCACCUUACCUGUUUAUUUAAGGAGAAUAAGCUAUCAGCAGCUGUUGUGAUUAUUGAUUUUAAUUCAUAAUAUCACAUAUGUAAAAGGUUUAAAUUGACAUGAUAAUUCCAGUUGAAACAUUUAAGUGAUUGUUUCUUUGAGUCAUUUAAUUGACAUGCUUAUUUUGGCCCAGUUGUGUGGCUUUGACCAUUCUAGUUAGUUUGGCUUGAAGAUUUUCAACCUAACAAAGCUAAUCUCAGAUCUGAAAUCAAAAGUGGCAUCAAGUCCAGUAUUUCCUAUUUGAUUGAGCUCAAAUUGGAGCAUUAGAAAACUACACGGUUCUUCCUAUCUGUCAUGUCCAUCCUUGUCAAGCUUUAUUGAUUAGGAAUUUUGCUACAUAGUUUACUUAAUGCUAACCAGAUUCAGUUUUUCUUUCAUAUCAAAUUUUGUGUUGUUCAUGAGUUGAUAUGCAACAUGAUGUGUACUUCUUUUUGUCAACUUGGU